UAAUGGGGAGGCACAAGGCGAGGAUCCUCUGGGCGGAAUGGGUGUUGGCAACAUGAUGCAGGAUCUGGCAUUCAGCGUAAGUCAUGGCUCCCCCCGCGCCUGUAGUUUCAAGGCUGCUAACCAUCUUAGAUUCCUGGUGUCGAUGAAGCCAUGUCCUUUGCCGAAGUUUUGAAGCAAGUCAAAUCCCUAUCCUACGAGGUGAUUGUUUUCGACACUGCCCCGACCGGCCAUACUCUUCGUUUCCUGCAAUUCCCCACCGUGCUUGAGAAGGCCCUUGCGAAGCUCUCGCAGCUUUCUUCGCAGUUUGGCCCGAUGCUGAACUCGAUCCUUGGUGCCCGUGGUGGUCUGCCUGGUGGUCAGAAUAUGGACGAACUUAUGAGCAAGAUGGAGUCUCUGCGCGAGACAAUCAGCGAGGUGAACUCGCAGUUCAAGGAUCCCGAUCUGACCACCUUCGUGUGUGUUUGCAUUGCCGAGUUCUUGUCUCUGUACGAGACCGAACGUAUGAUCCAGGAGUUGACGAGCUACGGCAUCGACACCCACUCCAUUGUGGUCAACCAGCUCUUGUUCCCUAAGCAAGGAAGCGAGUGCGAACAGUGCAAUGCACGAAGGAAAAUGCAGAAGAAAUACCUCGAGCAAAUCGAAGAGCUGUAUGAGGACUUCAACGUUGUCCGCAUGCCAUUGUUGGUUGAGGAAGUGAGAGGAAAGGAGAAAUUGGAAAAGUUCAGCAACAUGCUUGUGCAGCCGUAUGUUCCUCCCGAGUAAGGGGAUGCGCCUUUGAACCUGAUUUCAGCACACUACUCUUGAGCAUAUUUUUUGGGAUGAGUUAUGAAAAGAAUAGAGAAUAAUACAUGCAGCAUGUCUAUGCUCCAUAUGAGUUUGUUGAGCCUUGCCCCUGAGAAAUGGACCUAUAUCGGAGAGACGGCUAUGAACGUGUAGAAUGCUUUUUUUGGAUAAUUCUCGUCUCACCUUUCUUUGUUUUCCAUUUUGCCCAUCUUGCCUCACUUUCUCGUCCCGUUGAAUUGUCACGCCGCCUUAUUUCGACCUAGCCCUUCAGCCAUAUACCCUUUGUACAUGAUGAAACAGGGAUUGCUUAGCAGAUUCCUGACCCCAACUCAA